AUGAUCAAGUUGUUUUCCCUCAAGCAACAGAAGCAAGAGGCCGAGGCUGCCGGUCAAGCCAGCGGCUCCCGUACCUCCGCUGCCCAGCUCCGAGCCACCAAAGACCACAAUGAGCUGCAAGUGCCGUCGUCGUGCAAGCUGGAAUUUGACGACCCAGAUGACCUCAUGAACUUUCGCCUCAUCCUCCGCCCCACCGAAGGUUUUUACCGUGGGGGCCGUUUCCAAUUCACCUUCAACGUCGGCCGCAACUACCCGCACGAACCUCCCAAAGUUCACUGUGACACCAAGAUCUACCACCCGAACAUUGAUCUCGAGGGGGCCAUUUGCCUGAACAUUCUGCGUGAGGACUGGAAGCCCGUCCUCAACCUGCAGUCAGUCAUCUACGGCCUCAUGUUUCUCUUCCUCGAGCCCAAUGACAGCGACCCCCUGAACAAGGAUGCUGCGCAAGUCAUGCACUCUGAUCGCUCCCAGUUUGAAAGAAAUGUUCGCCGUGCCAUGCAGGGCGGAAGCAUUGGUGGCGAAACGUUCGAAUACUGCAUGGACAAGUAGAUUGACCGUUCCCUGCUUGGAGACGUCGUUGCUGACAGUUUCCGCUCG